CUUUUCUUUUUAUAUAUGUAUUUUAUAUUUGUUCUUUUUUGAAACUACAAACUUAUACAUAUGUGGAUUUGAUUUACCCAAAUGGAUCAUUUAUAUAAAGAAACUGAAAAUACAGACAAUUAUAAUAUAUCUGGAAAUGAUAAUUCAUCACAAAGGUCAAGAAACGAUGGUGUAGUACCCGAUUUUAUACAGAAAUUAUUCAAUAUGCUUGAAACUACUGACGAAACAAGUUGUUAUCAUUGGGGAAGACAAGGUACAACUUUUGUUAUUGAUGAUACAAAUGAAUUUGCAAAAACAAUAUUACCAAGACGAUUCAAACAUGGCAACUUCUCUAGUUUUGUUCGACAACUCAACAAGUAUGAUUUUCACAAGAUUAGAUUUACCGAUAAUCAUAAACUAUUGUCUCCAACACAUCAACAAGCAUGGGAGUUUCAACAUCCGCUCUUUAGACGAGAUCGCAAACAUCUAUUGGCACAAAUUCAUCGAAAGGUCAAUUCUAGUCGUGCACAUCAAAUAAAACAGCGACAAUCUACCAUCAACAAAACGUCACAAUCAUCAUCAUCUACUGAUCAACAACGCGGCACAAGUCAAGGCAGUGAAUCUGAUGCAGCCAUGACAGUGGCUUCCUUUUCUACAUCAUCAUCACCUACUAUUACCAUGCAACAUUUGCAUGAUAUCCAGAAUUCUCUUCAAGCUCAGAUUGAUCAACUUUGUACAACUCAACGAAACAUGGAAUCAACAUUGACUCAAUUAUUAUCCACUGAUACCCUUUUACUGGAAGAAAUGAAUACAAUGAAACGGAAAUUGGAAGAAAAGGAUUACCUAUUAAAUGCUGCACUCAAUCAAUCAAAGCAACAUUCUCUUUACCCACUACAACAAAACAAAUCACUUCCAGUUAAAGAAACGACAACAAUGGAUGACUCUCCUAUACCAUCACCUCAAUCUCCAAGUUUAAAAUUAUAUCCAUGGCUGCAUCCCAAUACUACAACACCAACAUCAUCAUCAACAUCAUCAUCAUCACCACCUUCAUUAAUAUCCCCGCCCAUACAACAGCAUCAUCAUCAUCAUCAUCUACACCAAUCACAAACUACUUCAACAACUCCACCUUUGACGGCAAUGAAUACGCCAUUGGAUUCAUCAUCACCAACUGCAUUGACAACAACGGCAAAAAAGGAAGUGGAUAUCAUACCAGAACAUCAUCAGAGUUACCCUACUUCAUCAUCAUCAUCAUCAUUAACACCAUGUUAUCCUCACGAUCAUCCCAUAUUGGAAUCAUCAUUACCCGCGAUUUCAUCAUCUGUACCAGCCUCAUCCUCUUUACCGACACUAUCAUCUUUCUCAGCAGCCAUACCAACAUCAUCACCCAAUCUUCCAUUGAUUAAAGCCGAAUUGCUCACACCACCUAUUCCAACAGAGGAACCUAGUUGUGCACAAUGGCGACAACAACCCAAGGUACUUGUAGUAGAGGACAAUGUGAUGUAUCGACGGAUUAGCAUGCGGUGUCUUCAGAGAUUAGGAUGUGCGUUUGACUUGGCCUGUGAUGGAUUGGAAGCAGUGGCAUGCAUGAAGACAACCAAAUACGAUCUGAUCUUGAUGGAUAUCAGUAUCCCGAAACUAGAUGGUAUGGCGGCUACCCGACGACUUCGACAAUACGAUCAACAUACACCUGUGGUCUCCAUGACUGCAAAUUACUCGGACAAGGAUAUUGAUAAAUACAUUGGUAGUGGCAUGUCUGAUUUGUUACCGAAACCUUUUGACCAUUACAAACUUUAUGAUAUCCUUAAACAACAUUGUGUGCAUCUUAUUUAGAAAUACCCCCUCCCCCUUUUAGUCAGUGAUAUGGUUAUUAAUUUUUUUUUUUUAUUAUUUUGAAAAUAAAAAUCAUUACCUUUUUUUUUUU